AUGGAGUGCCUUGCAUUGCAUCCAAAGUUUCAUGAAAUAAGAGAAGAAUGUUUAUCGUUUCCGGAUCACGCUGAACAGUUGCUCCAGAUUUAUCUAGAUCUUACUCAGGCCAAGGAUUUCGAGAACGUGCAUGUUAUUAAAGCGCCCUUGCUUGGAAGAUGCUUAAUUGAAGGAACGCAUCCUGAUAAUGGCCUCCAAUACAUGAUUUUACCCGCGCAUACAUCCGAGGAAUGGUCAGUUGCCAAAAUGGAGUUUUUGUUCGAUGCUCUACAACAGGAACAGGACCUGCGACUGAAAGAUGCAGCGAAAUCAAAGAUAACAAUUGGUCUCAUUACGACUGAUUCCACCGUCACCUACCUGAAUUUGACUCGCGGACUCUAA